ACCUAUGUUUGAUGUCAUGGUGACGAUAGCAACAAGCAAGAUGGUGUGUUGAAAAUACUGUAGUUUUAAUUGUUUAGAAGUUCUUUCUUUUUUUGUAUUUAUGCUGUGCCAAAUUAUUUAUUAACAUGCCUAAAAAAGGAAAGAAGGGGAAGAAGGGUGGUAAAAAGGGGAAGAAGGGUAAGAAGGAUGAACGUAAAAAGGCAAAAAAUGCCGAAGUCAAGUCAAUGGCUAAUGCCAAUUCAAAAUUAUGGCAAGCUAGAGUUGAAAUUGCUGAAAAUUCAAAGGAUCAAUUUGUACAAAGAGCUCAUGAGCUUGUUAAAGAAAAUGAACGCCUGGCUGUUCAAAUGAUUCAAACAGAAAAGGAUACUAUUGACGUUGUACAGUACUUGAAAAAACAAGAUAUUGAUAAGGAUAAAAAAUUAGAGGAUCUUGCCCAAAAUAUAAGAGAUCUGAAAAGAGAGCAUAGAAAAGAAAAGGAGCGUAUAAUAGACGAUCUUCAGGGUCAAAUCAACGAAUUGGAACAAAAACUUGCCUCUAAAACCCACGAAGUGGAAGUUAUGCAAGCAGAACUUAAAGUCGUUAAAGAAUUCCGUAGGAAAAGAGGACAAAUGCAAAAGGAAUUAGAAGAUAUUAAGGAAGCGAUGUUCUUAGCCAACAAAGAGCACAAGGACACUUUGACAAGAAUGGAACAAAGGUUUUUUGAAGAAAAAAUGAGACUUCAACAGGAAGCUAAUCAAAAAAUAUCUGAAUUAGCUAAUAGAGCUCACACAGAGGCUAUUGCUAACUUAAACGAUACAACUAAAUCUGUAUACAUGGAAAAUGUUCGAAUAAAUGAGGCCUUAUCUUAUCAUAUGGAAGCGGAAGAAGUUUUGAAAAAAGGCAAUGAAAAGUUAAAGGAAGAGAAUGCAGAACUUCAGAAUGAAGUUCAAAUGAAUCGAUUAAUUAUCGAAGAGAAGGUAGCCCUACAGAAAAAGAAUAAAAAAGAACUUACUGAUUUGAACAAUAAAGUGGAAACGCUGGAAAAAGCCCUAAGUCACGUGGUUAAUGAGUUUGAUCAUGAAGCUGGUCGACUUAUCGAUGUAGCUAAGUUGGAGAAUCAAUCAGCGAUGACCGAAUUAGAUAAAGUAAAACGGGCGCUAGAGCUGAAAACAAAAGAAUGCGCUAGAAUCAAACGAUUAGCUAAAAAUAUAUUACAAGAGAGAACUGAAAUUGAGCGUUUCUUUUUAGACGCACUGCAACAAGUUCAAAAUGAAAUAUCAUCUAACAGAGCGGAAUAUAGGAAACACGCUCAGGAGGCCUAUAAUCAACGGAUGUUGAUAGCUCACGCAGGUAAAGGAGAAUAUCCAAGAAUUCGAACAUUUAACAAGUCAGAUACCAGCACAAACAGCGUUUUUAAAGAUUUAGAAGCAGCUGAAGCAUUGCGAAAACAGAUGGAGGAAUUGACAAACAAGUAUGAUAUGUUAUAUGAUACAACCAUAAAAAAAAACAAAAAUCCUAAAAGCAUAUUAUAUAUAGUAGUUAACAAAUUGAAUGAUAAACAAAAUUCUAAUUUGUUGCAUGAUAGUAGUAUUAGUAGUAGUCAAAAGAAAAAGAAAAGAAACAAUAUCAAAUCUUAUCUUAUCUUCCCCCAUCACCUCCAAAAAAAAAUUGAGCAGCUGUGAUCACUGCACAUAAUUAAUAUUCAAUAGAAAAUCAUCGCUUAGAAUAAAGUAUACAUACUUAUAUAUGUUAAUGAUGUAUAUAUAAAGUACAUAUAUAUACUUGCCUAAAAAAUCCAUAUAUAUUCUAACUAUAGAAUUUGUAUGUAUACUUACACACUUCUUCAUAUAUAAUUUAUGUAUCUUUCUAUUAAUUUUUAUAUGCAUGUUUAGAAAUAAGCUUAUGAUUGUCAUUUGAAAGACAGAGAUAAUGCUCUCCAUUCCAUCAUCCUAUAUCUCUCUCUUUUCACGCUUAUACUCUAUUAAUUAUUAUCUUUUACACGAUUCAAAACAUAUAACAAAUACCUCCCUCCCUCCCCCUCCUAUCUUUUAUUUAUAUGUAUGAUGUCUAAUUCGAGUAGCACCCUUUAAACUUUCUUUAAUUUAAAACAGAAUGCAAAGUGAGGAUAGAGUCGACAUUGGUGAGCUAACUUGGGAACAAAAGGAGAAAGUUUUACGCUAUUUAUUCGCUUCGAUUAAUAAUAGUAAGAACCGGCCAAAACCAGACUUGAACGAACAAGAUAAAGACAGUAUUAAUGAAAAUCAGAACGAGGGCAGAACUUUUUUAACUCAAGCCAAGGUCAACGAAUCUACAUCUAACAUACCGCAACUUCCCGCUUUAACGAGUUGUUAGAUGAUACUGCUUAUGAUGAUGUUUUACGUGCCAACCUGAUGUUAUAUAUUUUGUUUUUUUUGGACAAUAUUUACUGUGCCAAUGGAAGUGUUUUAUAAGCUCAGACAUCACAGUGCCAAUUCUAUAGGCGUCAAAAAAUUCUUUGUAUCCCCAAUUCGUAUAAAUGAAGAUGCUUCUAUUUCAAAUUCUAUCAUGUUCUGCUAACCUAGAAAGGUCUUAAUAAUUUCUUACGGCUCGUAAACCUGCAAUAUAUAUAUAUAAGGUUACGGCAAAGGCAAAAGCGCUCUUGGCAUUAUAAUAUAUAUUCUCUUAUUUAAAUAAUGUUCUACGAAUCUAUAGAUUUAUAACUCCUUUAGGCGUUUUGCACUUAAAUAAUAAAAUAUACAUUCAUAAAAACUUCAUUUGUUUCCUCAUCUUCGUUUAUCUAUCUUCGUUUUUCACCUACCUACAUCCAUUCUUAAUCUUUACUGUUUCCCAGGCCUGCAAACGAGAAUAAAACGCUCUCAAAGGGAUUUUUUAUCUAUUUUGAAACACUAUAUAAACGUUUUAGCUUUGGUUUGUAUAUUCUUUAAAAAUAUGCCAGUAAAUAUUACCAAUCUUUUCCACAUAGGAGUAGCAAAAGAUAAUAAAUUUCCUUUUCGUCUCUAAUGGAGUGGAAACUUUUCUAUUUUAAUAGGAAUUCUAUAUCUUUUUUAAACGCUGAGGGUCAAAUAAUACAUAGGGGAAUGAUGGACAAAACAAAAUGAAAAGUGAGAGAGAAAGAGAGAGAUAGAGAGAGAGAGAGAGAGAGAGAGAGAGAGAGAGAGA